AUGUCUGCUCAAGCACCACCACCACCGCCCCCACGCUUCAUCUGGGACGUGGCCAACUCCACCGCCAUGAUCGACCUCGGCACCAGUACCCUCUGGUACACCUUCAACGAUGUCGAGCUCGCCAAGCGGGUCUUUUGCGUGCGUCCCGACGACAUGACCGCAGGCCAGGCCGUGGCUCGAGGCCACAACGACAGCCACAUGUUGGCCUUCUCUGGCGACAUGAGCAUGAAGGCGCAGUGCUGCACGCAGUCGGUGCUCAUCGGAGCCAACCACUUGGACUUCAAGGAGUGGUGCACCAGUCUUGCCGCGACGGACCGCUUCCUCGCGUUGAUGGCAGACCGUGUGGGCUUCACAGCCUCCUUGCAGAGACUCUCGGGCGGCGACGCGCAGCGCAACUCGGUGUUCUGGGAGCACGAGAAGGCCGAUGCAGUGGACGCGUUCUUUGGGGCUGUCGCCGCCGAUUGCGGUGGCAAUAUGAUCAAGUUCGACGGGCUGAUGCGCGCCUUCGGCAUCUUCUACCCGCGCGAUGCUGCUGAGCAGUCCUUGCUGGCUGCGGACAUGACGCUGGCGAACCAGGUGGGUCUCGCGGAGGAGCAGAGGAGGAGGGCGCUGGGAUACCCAGUCCGACGUUGA